GGGACAUACACAAACAGAGUUUCACAUGAUUCUGUUUUCUCCAUGUUUUUAUAAUAAAUGCAGAGAAGAAAGGAGAUAUUCAAUCUUUUACUUAUAACUGUCAUGUGUGGUCCUAUUUUGUGGAUAUCAAAAAAGAACAACUUAACCCUUGACAAAGACUUGUUGUUCUGUUGUUGAGGGAUAAGUAAUCGAAGAUGAAUAUGAAUCAGCUAUUCAUGCAAUCUAUGGCAGAGACUCGUGGCCUCUGUCAUCCGGAUUGCGUAAAAGCAAGUAAUGAGCAAGAAGAUUACGAUGCAUCUCAACAUGCAGCUAUGGUAGCAGUGAAUCUGAUUAGCUCUGCACGGGUUAUCCUCAACCUCGACGCUGUGAGGACUGAGUACUCAGCUCAGUAUUUGGUGGAUAAUGCUGGGAAGGAAGACGACGAGGGAGAAAUGGAUCAACAAAGCUCUCAGCUCACUUUCGAAAACAUCCUUCAGUAUAUGGUGGAAAACGUCUGGAACAAGAGGGCAGAUGUGCAGGGAGAAAGGGAGCAACAUCUCACUGUCAAAGACUGCCUUGAAUGUGCUUUCAAGAAUGGGCUACCGCGAAGAGAACAUUGGUCACAUGUGGGAUGUACGUUCAAGGCUCCACCAUUUACUUGUCACAUUCCUCGCGUCCCCAUGAAAGGAGAAGUGAUUGAGACUAAGAGUGUGGAUGAAGCAAUGAAGCUGUUGAUGAAACAACCGGUGGGAGCAAGACUCCAUUUAUUCAGUCCAGAGAUUGAUCGUGUUGGAGAGGGGAUUUACGAUGGCCCGUCAAGUAAUGGAUCAAGCUAUGUUGGACUUAGAGAUGUCAUGAUAGUUGCAGUGGAUAAGUCUGAGGAAAAAUUUGUUGUGAAAGUGCAGAUCUGUUACAAGAAGAAGACUUCAUUUGUCAAAGUGUGUAUGAGGCGUAUGUUUGUCCAGCUUGAUGGUGACGAGGAGUCUCAGGUGAAAGAGCCUACAUGUCUGCUUGUUGACUUCUGUAUCCCACGCUUAUAUGUCAACUAAAGAAGAGCUGAAAUCUUGGGAAGUAUCUGCUAGUUUGUGGAACCUCUUUGUUGGUCCUAUUUUAAGAAUGUUUUAUCAGACUUUUUUUCUGCUUUAAGUAUCUUGAA